UCUCUCUCUCUCCGAUCAAGAACAAUGGGUUUACCGGUAACUGAUCCGAUGACUCAAUUAAGUUUACCACCAGGGUUUCGGUUUUUCCCUACCGACGAGGAGCUGCUAGUGCAAUACCUUUGCCGGAAAGUUGCCGGACAUGAUUUCUCUCUUCAGAUCAUUGCAGAUAUUGAUUUGUACAAGUUUGAUCCAUGGGAGCUUCCAAGUAAGGCGAUGUUUGGGGAGAAAGAAUGGUACUUUUUUAGUCCAAGAGAUCGAAAGUAUCCAAAUGGGUCUCGACCCAAUAGAGUAGCCGGGUCGGGUUACUGGAAGGCUACCGGAACUGAUAAAGUGAUCACCACCGGUGGACGGAGAGUUGGGAUCAAGAAAGCUUUGGUGUUUUACGUGGGUAAAGCUCCGAAAGGAAACAAAACUAACUGGAUCAUGCAUGAGUAUAGGCUGUCGGAGCCACAAAGAAAAAACGGUAGCUCAAGGUUGGAUGAUUGGGUGCUUUGUCGGAUAUACAAGAAGAAUUCAAGUGCACAGAAACACAUUUCCGGUGGCGCUCCGACCACCGAACAGAGCCACGGUUCUUCUUCAUCUUCGUCCUCUCAGUUCGACGACGUUCUCGAAUCACUGCCGGAGAUUGAAGACAGCAUCGCUGCGUUCGGGUUGCCGGAACCUGUUACCGGAAGCCAAGCUCCGACCACCGCCAACACCACAAUGAAUGUAAUUUCUUCAAUGGCGCCGGCGACCACAUACCCCAUGGACACAACAUUUGGAAGAUCAGUGGAGGAUGAAGUUCAAAGUGGAAUCAGAAGCCAACGGGUUGAGCAUCCGGGUUCGGGCUACUUUCAAUCGAACUUGAACCAGUUUACACAGAGCCAGGGUUUCUCGAACACAAUGGACCCAUUUGGUAUCCGGUACCCGACCCAACAGGGGAAUUUGGGUUUCAGACGGUGA